CAGAAGCGGAUACAGGCAGAGGAACUGCUGAGGAUCUUCAUCGUCAUCAUCCACAUGCCAUCGAGGCGAUCCUCCACCAGCGCGGACACCAAAAAAAAAAGCCCCUCUUCCUCCUUCUCCCUCCAAUAAUUCCCUUCCCUUCCUCGCCCAACGAAUCUCCAUGCUCCCUCCCCUCGCCCCAGAUCUCCGGCGGGCGCUGCAGUAGCAGCCCGAUCCGAUCCGAUGGGCGGGGAGGUGCCGGAGCCGCGCCGGCUCACCCACGCGCUCAGCUUCGGCGGCGUCCCCGACGAGGCGCUGCACCUCGUCCUGGGCCACGUCGACGCCGCGCGCGACCGGGAGGCCGCCUCGCUCGUCUGCCGCCGCUGGCACCGCAUCGACGCGCUCACCCGCAAGCACGUCACCGUCGGCUUCUGCUACGCCGCCGGCCCCGCGCGCCUCCUCGCGCGCUUCCCCACGCUCGAGUCGCUCGCGCUCAAGGGCAAGCCCCGCGCCGCCAUGUACGGCCUUAUCCCCGAGGACUGGGGCGCCUACGCCGCGCCCUGGGUCGCCGCACUCGCGGCGCCGCUCGACUGCCUCAAGGCGCUCAAGCUGCGCCGCAUGACCGUCACCGACGCCGACGUGGCCGCCCUCGUGCGCGCACGCGGGCACAUGCUGCAGGAGCUCAGGCUCGACAAGUGCUCCGGCUUCUCCACCGACACACUCCGCCUCGGCGCAGCGUUCUCUCAGGGCGGUGGUGGCGGAGAUGCGGCCUUCUCCCAGGGCGGUGGCAGCUUGUCGCUCUUGCAUUCGCAGUCGCAGAUCUCCCAGGCCUCCCGCGAAGAGAACCUCCUCAGCCCUCGUCAUCCCUCCCCCGCGCGCGAUCAGUGAACUCGCUUGUGCUUGGUUGAUGCGUGGAAGAAAUAGUUCAAAUCUCUGCAGUCGACAUUUCAUUGGGCAAAUUGGUGCAGUCAGGAGGUUGGUCAGAUAUGGGAAGUUCGUCAGUCCAUGGAAGAUACCCAUGUGUGUGUGUUGCUGGUCUAGCUAAAAGCAUCGGCUAUCCAACAGAGGAUAAGGAGGCUGCUUCCUUUCAAGGGGUAGAUAGUCAGUUUGCUGAUAAAUGCUCUCACCACAGAGCUCUGUCAUUUGGCACAGUGGCGCUUACAGCAAUGAUUUUUGGAAGCUGUUUUUCUGGCACAUAUAAUUUUGGUUCACCCUUCUAGGUAACAUCUUUGACUGACCUGGUAAUUAAUACCAUAAGCUAUGCCUGUAAUACACUUUGUUUUCAUAGAGAGUCCAUUUGUUCACCAUCUAUUGAAUGGAUUGGAACACAAGACAUUAUCUGUGGACAUACAAUGGAAAUCCAUGGUAAACUGGCACCAUGAUAUUUAUAUUGUUUCUGUGUUGCAUAGAUCAGCUUACUUGGCUGACUCAAAUGACAAGUAAUGACAAGUGUUCCAUUCACUUCAUAUAGUGUUUACUUGGCUAAAACAUGCUUUUUUUGUAGUAAAAUUUCCAUCCCCGUUUUGCUGACUCAAAUUACUACUUCUUUCAAGGUACCAUGCUGAAUACUGAAGGCGAUGCUGAUCAUUGAUGCUGUACAGGAGCACAUUCUUCUAUCUAGACAGGUACACUGCUGAAGACUGGGAUCAAUUGAAGGUGAUGCUGUCACAUUGUGAUGGUGUUUGAAUUGGAAACAUGGUGAUGAUGUUCACAGAGUACAUAUUGAGAUAUUGUGCUGAACAUCCACUACAUACUAUGUUGACACUGUGUUUAGUGUGUAACUGAUAUUGGGUGAUAAUUACAGAAUAAAGUGCACUGGAUUAAUGUAUUGGCACUGUGUGCUUAUUCUUGUAUGACAGUACAUAUGUUCAUAUUGUGUGCUUCUUGUAUGCUGCCAUUGUUUUUAUCAGUUUAUAAUUCUUUU